GAGACACCACCGCGCUGAGAGGACGCGCACUCGUCACGUGACCACGUUAGUUUACGAAGCCGAAAGCAGCCAGAUCCGCGAUGAUCUCCUAACAAAAUGACCGUGAUCUGCUGGAAAAAUCUGUCCGACACCAUCAUGACGAGCAGACGAGCCUCGGCGGCAUGGCUCACCUAAACGAGCGGUGUCUUUCAGAGCAGGUACGCGUUUCUCGCCGGCGGCUGACACAUUUAUUGGGACGCGACAGCAGAUCAGUGGACGCGGACAGAGACAAAGGGAAAGGCUUUCAUAGCUAGAAUGCUUCGGGCCUAAAAGAAGCCAAGAGGAAAUACAGCAGCGACGAUUGAAGUGUGAAAGCUGCCGAUCAAGAAACUGUGCCUCAAAGUGGACGGUACUAAACGAGAGGGAGCCGUAGCUGAGGAAGAGCCAUCGAGUUGUCUGGAAUUUUCUCUCAAUCCUCUUCCAAUGGUUCAUUGGUUGAGGCCAUGGCCUCUCAGUCAGGAUGAACGAAGGUCUUACGGAUGUGGAACAACAUGAAGCAACAUGAACCGUGAAGACCGGAAUGUGCUCCGUAUGAAAGAAAGGGAAAGGAGAAAUCAAGAAAUCCAGCAGGGAGGAGAGGCCUUUCCAGCUAACUCCCCCCUCUUUCCUGAACCUUAUAAAGUUUCCUGCAAGGAAGAUAAACUCUCAAGUCGCAUCCAGAGCAUGCUGGGAAAUUACGACGAGAUGAAGGAGACCAUCGGUGAACCCCCAAUGUCCAAGCUCAUUCCCAAAGCCUCCAGCUCUUCCUCCGACGAUAAAUCUGGUCAAUACGGUGACCAGCGCGGAGGCACCCAGAGUCAGAACAGUAAAUGGACUCCAGUCGGCCCGGCUCCUGGCGGCGGCAUCUCUUCCACGUCCUGCUCUUCCUCCUCCUCACAGAAGCGUUCGUCCGUGCAGGGCAGCAGCCAGCGGUCUAGCAGCGGCGGUCAGCGGCACGAGCGAGACUACAGCGGUAGCGGCAGCAGCAAGAAGUCCAGCAAGCACGGCUCCGAGCACAAGUCCCACUCCACCUCCAGCCCGGCCAAGGGCUCCAUGAGCUCCGUCAGGGACAGACGACAAAAGUCGCCCAGAGACAGAGAAGCCAACUGGGACUCGCCCUCAAGAGUUCAUUCCUUCUCCAGCGGACAACAUCCCAGCCAGACCUUCCCACCCUCACUCAUUAAACCCAGCUCCAUGCUCCAGAAACCCACCGCCUACGUGCGGCCCAUGGACGGCCAGGAAACGGCGGAGCCCAAGACCUCUUCGGAGUCGUACGGCCAGUCGCACAGCAGUGCCGUUGGAGAAAUGAAGCCCAAUGGCAAGGCUUCUCUCACCAAGCUCAAGAUUCCCACGCAGCCUGUCGACGGUUCAAUGGGAGGAGAUGCGAGCUGUGUUGAUGAAAUUUUAAAGGAAAUGACUCAGGUCUGGCCUCCUCCACUGACAGCCAUUCACACCCCCUGCAAGACGGAACCUUCCAAAUUCCCCUUUUCCACCUCUAAGGAUGCCCAGCACCUGUCUUUUGGGGCACAAAAAAAAAUCUCAGGGAAGAGCGCAUCCACCAGUCAUCCAUCAAAGCCAUGCGACAGCGACCAGUCCAACACGCUGCAGGACGAUCUGAAGCUCAGCACCAGCGAAGACAGUGAUGGAGAGCAAGAUCCUGCCAAAAACCCUUCCCGAAACGCCUCAGCAAGUAACAACAGUAAUAACAGCGAGGGUGCUGAACGAGAGGACACCAGCAGUCACAGCGGUUCGGAGAGCAGCUCCGGUUCUGACAGCGAGAGCGAGAGCAGCUCUACAGACAGUGAGACCAACGAACCGCCUCGUACUGCGUCACCUGAGCGGGAACAGCCCACUGCUAACAAAUGGCAGCUGGACAACUGGAUCAAGAAAGACAACAAGUGGUCCCCAGCUUCUCCGGUGGAAAACAGCAGCACGACGCCAACCAAGUAUAAGAGAGAUGGGCGAGAAACCAACUCGAACAGGGUCUACAGUGGCCCGGGAUCUAAAGACCCGACACCCUCCUCCGGACGAGAUCUUCGGCCCAACCAGAAGGGGUCAGACAGCUGCCAAAGGCGAAGUCAGAAGUCUCCUGCUCAGAGUGAGGGCGGAAGUCAGGGUGGGCGGCGAGUUGUGGGCAAGAAGCAGCCCAAAAAGCCUGAGAAGCCGCCUGUGGUAGAGGAGCCAAAGGGUGGGCUGAAGGUGGAGACCGAACCCUCGCCCGAAAUCCCAUCGCACAGAGCCCGCGCGGCCAACAAAGGCCCCCGCAAGCCCAACAUCAAAAAAGAGCCCAAAACCUCCUCUCCUCGACCGGCACCAGACAAACGCAAGAAAGCGCCCAAAAAGUCCCGCGAGAUCGUAGAUUCGUCAUCAUCGGACUCAGAGGGCAACAUAAGCGUUCCCUCUUCUUCGCAGACGCCGAGAGAGCAGUAUGCCGAGAACCCGUCCGUCCUGUUCUCGCCCAUGCUUUCCCCACUGAGUGACCCAGAAGGGAGGCCGCCGCCCAGACUGCUGGUGCAGAUAGACCUCAGCCUGCUGACCAGAGUACCUGGACGACUGUACAAGGAAGAGGUAAAAGUGGGGAGGAGCUCCCCUGCCGACGGGAAAGAAUUCCAGAAGCAGCCGGGAGAGAAGGGAGCCAGCAAGGGGAAGAGAAAACACAAGAAUGAUGACGACAGUCUCAAACCUGACAGUAAGAAGUCCAAACCGGAUGAGAAGUCUUCACACAAAUCGAGCAGUAAAGACUCAUCUAAGCGUGCUCAGGAUAAAGACAAGGAGUCUGCGCCCUCUCCUUCCAUAACUCUGCAGCCGACAGCCAAAUCAGACCACCAGGGACGCAAGCGGACUCUGAGCCAAUCCUCCAACUCUGUACCCAGCAGCGCCAGCAGCAAAGACAGCGGCAAGAGCAGCUCCACCUCCAGACACCGCAAGGGCGACGACAAGCAGUUACGCAAGGAAGCCAAGGAGAAAAUCUCUAAAACGGACAAUACCAUCGCAGUGCCGCACCUCUCUGAUGGCUCUAAAUCUAGAUCCAAACUCCUGUUUGAGGACCGGGUUCAUUCGGCUGACCAUUACCUGCAAGAAGCGAAGAAACUGAAACACAACGCGGAUGCUCUGAUGGACCGGUUUGAGAAGGCGGUGUACUACCUGGACGCUGUGGUGUCUUUCAUCGAGUGUGGAAACGCCCUGGAGAAAAGCGCCCAGGAGGCAAAGUCCCCCUUCCCCAUGUAUGCAGAAACCGUGGAACUCAUCAAGUACACUAUGAAGCUGAAGAGCUACAUGGCGCCAGAUGCAACCUCUGCAGACAAAAGGCUUGCAGUGCUGUGCCUGAGGUGCCAAGCGCUCCUGUAUUUGAGGCUGUUCAAGCUACGGAAAGAAAGUGCACUGAAAUACUCUAAAACGCUCACUGAACACUUGAAGAAUUCGUUGAGUAAUACCCAAGCUCCGUCUCCUGGAGUAGCAAACAAAACGGCAGGAAUGCCGUCUCCGGUCUCUCCCAAGCUUUCUCCUGGCAGUGCGGGCAGCUACUCCUCCAGCAGCUCCAGCCAGAGCGCCAGCUCCUCCGUCACCAUCCCUCAGCGCAUCCACCAGAUGGCAGCCAGCUACGUACAGGUCACCUCUAACUUCCUCUACGCCAUGGAGGUGUGGGAUCAGGCCGAACAGCUCGCCAAAGAGCAGAGAGAGUUCUUCGCUGAACUGGACAAAGCAAUGGGCCCGCUCAUCUUCAACACCAGCAGCAUGACUGACCUGGUGCGGUUCACGCGGCAGGGCCUCCACUGGCUGCGGCUCGACGCCAAGCUCGUCCAGUAGAGCGGCCCGCUCUUUCUCCGUAGCCCCCCCCCCCCCCCUAUGCCUACGCAAAACACUCACACACUCGAUCUGCCUCAGACAUCUCUGUGACACUGUGUUCAUUUCUACACCAGCUUGCCAAAAAAAAAAAAAAAAACGAAACACUCAGCGCCCCGCUCCUCCACCACAGACCCUAUAAGUGAGGAGGCGGCCGGAUCGCACGUCUGUCUGCAGAGCCUUCAUACACUGCAUUGUCCCGCUCAUAUCAUUGGCUCGUUUGGGUAAAAAAAAGCCUCUUUUCUUACUUUGACUGUAAUGGGUUUUGUUGUUUUGCUAGCUGUAAGCAAACAUGAAUAAUAAUUGGAUGUUUAUAGCUUUUUAUUUCAACCAAAGUACCUCCCUUUAACCAAAGGUGCUUUAAAAUUGAGGUUUUAUCAUUUUAUUGUGCCUUGUAUUUGAUAUACAGGAAACUAAGAGACACAAUAUCUUGAAAUACACAUCUAGAGAGGUUGAGGUGAGGGUGUGGAUUGCCAAAGGCUUGUGAAACGAGAAUAAUGGCAUGAGAGCGCAUCUCCACUGAUCAGAUGUGCAGGCUUUCCUUCUUUCGUCUUGUUGCAUACCAGACCAAAAGACUGUUCGGCACCAUAUCAAGGCAUUAUUAUUAUUAUUAUUAAUCUGUUUUGUUUUGUUUGGCCUGGCUCAUCCGCAGAAGCCACUUGGUAAGAUGCAGUUCUAGCCUGUCAGGUUUGUAUACGUCACUACUGCAAAAACCCAGGCCGAGAUUAUUUUUUUUUUAUAUAUACGAAAUGUAGCGCUCGCAUAGGUGUCACUUUCUCACCGUCGGUUUUCUGGUAUUAAACGCAGGAGUAUUUUAUUACUGUGGCUGACGCACCUGGCCUAAUAUAGAUUUUAUUUAGAUAACAACUUGGAUUUCACUCUUGGAUUUUCGGCAUGGAUACAGGGUUGCAAUACGAGAUGAUAGACGUAUUUCUAUUGUAUAUGAAAAUAUCAUAUUUAAAUAUUUAAUGUGAGUCUUGAGGUUGCCUUUAUAGUGUCAUAGUCACCUGUGUGUUGCAGUUCUUUUUAAAAGAAAUCAGUCAUGCGAGGAUAUAUUUAUGAAGUGUUCUGUUGAGAAUAGCGGUUUAUAUAUGUACAUAUGACAUAGUUACUUCAGUGCAGACCGGCUCCCGCUGUCCAUGCGCGUGGAAAAUCGGAUCAGAGAAGAGGAAGGUGAAAA